AUGUCUUCAGAGAUCUUCUGGAUACCCUUCUUGUGGUAUAUCUGGAUGACAUCCUCAUCUUCUCUUUUUCAUUGGCCGCACACGAAACAUGUAAAGAUCAUUCUUGCCAAUCUGAGACGGCACCAUUUAUACAGAAAACUUAAGGAAUGCACCUUUGAAGUGGACACCAUUGAAUUCUUGGGGAAAAUUCUAUCACCAGGGCUCAUAAAGAUGGACCCAGAGAAAAUACAGACCUUUAUCGACUGGCCUGUGCCCAAGAGCAAAUGUAUGGUGCACCAAUUCAUGGGCUUCGCUAACUUCUACAGAAGGUUAAUCUGUGGGUUCUCCUCCAUAUGUAUUCCUAUCACAGCCCUGACCAAAACAGGCUCCUCUUUCACCUGGACUCCGGCUGCACAACAUGCUUUUGACCACCUGAAGGAACUAUUCACGCAAGCUCCAGUCCUCAUACAACCAGACGUAGCAAAUGCCUUUUAUCUGGAGAGACACCUCCGAAUCAGCACUUGGAGCUAUCCUUUUGCAGAAAACAGGAGAGAAAGACCUGCUCCAUCCAGUAGCCAACUAGCUGACUAG